AUGGGUCUCCCUUUAGUGAAACCUGGCGCUCCAUGGCUUCGCGUUAGGGCGCUCAGUGUGCGGGGGGCGCGGGCGCCGCUGCCUCUUCCCGCAGCCCACGGGCCGCGCUGCAGCGUCGCCGCCGAACCCGGCCUGGUGUGGCAUUCUAGGGAUAAAAAAGAAACUCCUGAUCACAGAAGAUGCAACAGUGCUAAUAAGAGAAAGAGGUCAUCAUUAAGUGGUGCACAAGAGAACAAGCACUGCAAACAUGAUCUUUCUAAACUUCCUGACAGUACCCAUUCAGAAACCAAAUCUGUAAAUGAAAGAGACCAUCAUGAACGACGUUAUGUUGAAGAAUACAGAAACGAGUACGAUCAAGGACAUGAUACUGGGCACCACAGUAGCAAAUCAUCGGGUCAUAGUGGGGUGUGGCAUUCUAGGGAUAAAAAAGAAACUCCUGAUCACAGAAGAUGCAACAGUGCUAAUAAGAGAAAGAGGUCAUCAUUAAGUGGUGCACAAGAGAACAAGCACUGCAAACAUGAUCUUUCUAAACUUCCUGACAGUACCCAUUCAGAAACCAAAUCUGUAAAUGAAAGAGACCAUCAUGAACGACGUUAUGUUGAAGAAUACAGAAACGAGUACGAUCAAGGACAUGAUACUGGGCACCACAGUAGCAAAUCAUCGGGUCAUAGUGGGGCGAGUAGUUACAAAAGGAAAUACAAGACACAUCACACUACCUGUCAUCAUCAUCAUUCACAGAAGAGUCAUCGAAGGAAAAGAUCCGGGAGUGUAGAGGAUGAUGAGGAGGGUCACCUGAUCUGUCAGAGUGGAGACGUACUAAGUGCAAGAUAUGAGAUUGUUGCUACUUUGGGUGAAGGUGCUUUUGGAAAAGUAGUGGAAUGCAUUGAUCACAAAGAGGAAGGCAGACAUGUAGCUGUGAAAAUAGUAAAAAAUGUUGAUAGGUACUCUGAAGCUGCACGUGCAGAAGUGCAAGUACUGGAACAUCUCAAUGCAUCAGAUCCCAGCAGUACAUAUCGCUGUGUCCAGAUGUUAGAAUGGUUUGAGUACCAUGGACAUGUCUGCAUUGUUUUUGAGCUACUGGGGCUCAGCACCUAUGACUUUAUUAAAGAGAACGGUUUUCUGCCCUUUCGGCUGGACCAUAUUAGGCAGAUGGCAUAUCAGAUCUGCAAAUCUGUGAACUUUUUGCAUUCAAACAAGUUAACACAUACAGAUCUGAAACCAGAAAAUAUUUUAUUUGUGAAGUCUGACUAUGUAGAAGAGUAUAACCCCAAACUGAAAUGUGAUGAACGCAGACUAAAAAAUCCUGAUAUCAAAGUUGUAGACUUUGGGAGUGCAACAUAUGACGAUGAGUACCACAGCACUUUGGUGUCUACAAGACAUUACAGAGCUCCUGAAGUUAUCUUAGCACUGGGAUGGUCACAACCCUGUGAUGUUUGGAGCAUUGGCUGCAUUCUCAUAGAAUACUACCUUGGUUUCACAGUAUUUCCGACCCAUGACAGCAAAGAACACUUGGCUAUGAUGGAGCGAAUACUGGGGCCAUUGCCAAGUCAUAUGAUUAAGAAAACCAGGAAACGCAAAUAUUUCCAUCAUGACCGGCUGGAUUGGGAUGAACAUAGUUCUGCUGGCAGAUACGUGUCGCGGCGCUGUAAGCCACUGAAGGCAUUCAUGACCUGCCGUGACUCUGACCAUGAGAGCCUCUUUGACCUCAUUGAAAAGAUGUUGGAGUAUGACCCAGCCAAGCGCAUUACUCUGGAAGAAGCACUGAAACAUCCUUUUUUCUUCCCACUGGAAAAGGAAAAAAGGGUGCUGCCUCCUGUAGCUGAGCUGGCUGAUACAGACGUCAGUCCACCAAAGAAAUGUAAAAAAUGCUAA